GGAGUUGGCGGCGGGGCUGGGGGCAGUCGUCGUCGGCUCGCUCCGCCGGAGUUUGCUCCGGGCGCGGGGCGGGAGGUCUCGCUGCGGGAAGCGGAGCAGAGCCGGCCGCGCAGGGGAAGCGCCUGCCCCGGGAGAAGGGGCUGCCCGGAGCGGGCAGCGCCCCGGCGGGAGCCACCCGCUGCCGCUCCUCGCCGCGCCGCCUGGAGCCGAAGGCGCCCGGAGGGGAAAGUUGCGUGCGGGGCCGGGCCGGGCGCGAUGCCGGGGCGCGGCGCGCUCUGCCUGGGGCUGCUGCUGCACGUCCUGCUGGGCUGCGGCCGGGCGCAGCAGCCCGAGGGCUGCCCGGACCCCUGCCAGUGCUUGGAGGCGGCCAAGACGGUGAAGUGCGUGAACAGGAACCUGACGGCGGUGCCGCCCGACCUGCCGUCCUACGUCCGCAACCUCUUCAUCACCGGCAACCGCCUGGCCCGGCUGCCGGCCGGCGCCUUCCCCGCCCAGCGCCUGCCCGACCUCAGCGCCCUCAACCUCAGCGGCAACCACCUGCGGGCGGUGGAGGCCGGCGCCCUGGCGGCCCUGCCGGCCCUGCGGCAGCUGGACCUCAGCGGCAACCCCCUGGUGUCCCUCAGCCCGCAGGCCUUCGGGGAGGGUGGCAGCCCGCUGGAGGAGCUGGCCCUCCGCGGGGCCCUGCGCGACCAGGGCGUCCUCUUCAGCCUGGCCGCCAUGCUGCAGUCCGGGGCGCUGCGCAACCUCAGCCGGCUGGAGCUGGCUGACAACGGGCUGCUGCUGCUGCCCGCCGGCAUGUUCACGGCCCUGCCUGCCCUGCGGCAGCUGGACCUCAGCAACAACUCCCUGGUGGGCCUGCGAAACGUCUCCUUCCAGGGGCUGGGCCAGCUGCAGAGCCUCAACCUCAGCAACAACUCCCUGGGUGUGCUGAGGAACGGCACCCUGGCCCAGUUCCGCAGCCUGCCCGCCCUCCGGCACAUUGGCCUGGGCCGCAACGCCUGGGUCUGCGACUGCGCCAUCGAGGACCUGGUGGCCUGGCUCAAGGAGAGCGACCAGGUGGAGGGCAAGGAAUCCCUGACCUGCGCCGUCCCUGACAAGAUGCUGGGCAAGGCCCUGCUGAAGAUAAACAGCUCGGACCUGAACUGCUCUGUGCCCGUAGACCUGCCUUCCCAGCUACAGACUUCGUAUGUCUUCCUGGGGAUAGUCCUGGCUCUCAUUGGGGCCAUUUUCCUCCUGGUUUUGUACUUGAACCGAAAAGGGAUCAAAAAGUGGAUGCACAACAUCAGAGACGCCUGUAGGGAUCACAUGGAGGGCUACCACUACAGAUACGAGAUCAAUGCAGACCCCAGGUUAACAAACCUCAGCUCCAACUCUGAUGUCUGAUGAAGUAUCGUGAAUGCAGGGCAGCGCACAGUAGCUUAUGCAUGAAAAGUAGACUUACGCUUUACCCUUGUGCUUGCUUCCCUCUCCCCGGAGAAAUCCCAGACGUGCUUGUAACUUGAGGGGGAUAUGCCUCCUUGUGAUGUCAAGUUCAUUUUUAUUUCGAGACACUGGGCAGCUGCGCAUGGCGUUGGGCUGUAUGUAGGAAACAAGCUGCUACUUCUUUUCCUCCUUACCUGUCUGUACUUGUGGGAAAUUUUUUUCAAGAUCUCAAAAGGGAAAAAGGAUUCUCUCUGAUGCUCCAGAGUCACCAGAGUUUAUAAAAAAAAAUUUACCAAUGCAGACACCAUUCAACAAAAGCUGCCUCAACUUUUUGGGAAAAAAUGUUCCUCUGUGCCAGUUUUGAUCUUGUAUAUCCGAAUUGUGAUGACAAUGAUUCCAUUUCAUAGACUACCUUGCAAUUUUAAAAAACAAAGAAACUCCAUUUAACAGCUCCUCGUGUUACAAAGAAGGAAAUCGAAUAGUGAGCAUGCACAAAUGAUUUGUAGUUUUACAUGUUAGGAAACUUACAAUCUCAGUAAGUCUCUUACUAUUUUGUAAAGUUACUUUUUGAUUGCAGUUUAUGUGAAAAGAGAGGGUUUUUAUACAAACUGCAUCUGAACUCCAGCUGAACUGUUAAAUUCAAUAAACAGUCUUGCAAGAACUGUUGUGUUAAGUUUGCUGUUCGAUAAGAAAUGUAUGGACAUCUAAGAAUGUGAAUAGCUUUAUUGUCUCUGAAGUAGUGGCCCUGCAGUAGUAAUCUGAAUAAAAUUUUAUACAGACGUGUAUAAAAUUUUAGCUUAGGGGCAUAAAUGUUUGUGACAAUUUUUGUGAAAUAUGCUAGGGCAGUUAUACCGAUCAACAACGAGAGCAGUUUCACUUGGCACAAACCCCCCCAGUCUACUGCUAGAUGCUACGGUCCACCUUUGCUGGGAAGGUACAAACUGACAAAAUUUUCAUAAGGUCUUCUCUACCAAAUGAAAAAAAAAAAAAUCAUGGAGUUUGUAAGCUAAAGAAAAUUUUACCUGAAUUGAAUUGUUUACUAUAAAAAAACCCCAACAUACUUUCAUGUCCUGAACUAAAUUAAAUGCAGCUCAGCCGUGUAGUCGGCAAGCUUCACGCUUGUAAGUCAGUGCAGUACUUAAGUGCUUACUGUUUCAGUUUAAGCUCUCGGUCCUUGGGAAGUUCUGUAAUGAUCUACAUCGAGUAAGUUGAACUUUAUCUUAAAGAUUUUAACAGGUCCAUUUCAGUGUUGUAUGCUACUCAUGCUUAUUACUUGCUUGGGAAUGGAUUUUCUUGUAAAUAGAUAAAGCAUGCAAAGGCAAACUUAAAAUGUAUCGUUUAAUAUGCAACUCUGAUGACAUAGGAAAAGGUUAGCAAGAACCUUCCAAUGGCCACCAAUAAUUAAUGCACGUUUUCUAAUCCAUUUAUAGAUUCUUAAUGAAAAAGAAUACACCAACUGUAAAAGUGUGAUGUGAAUUGUUAUCUAUCAGUCUAUCUGUGGAGCUUUUUCUAUGGUCACUGUUACUUGAAGCUCUUGAGCAUCUCUAAAAUUUUAUGAAUUACUGGCUCAUUCCCUUUGCUUUCAAAAAUGACAGUUUUCUCAUAGGUACACGCCUUUGGUAAGAGCUCAUAAAUAUAAAAUAGUCCUUGAAAUAUCAAAAGAAACAUAAUCUAUUUUGGGCAUCGGUAUUAUUCAAAUGCAUUUUUCUUUCCUUGCAACUUCAGAAAAAACAAGCAGCACAAAUUGGUUCAGACUUAUGUUCUAUUGCUUUAAAUCGGCUUUAUUUAAUAGCAGUGCUUUUUUUUUAAUGUAGUUUUGUACAUUUGCCUUCAAAAGUAAAAAAAAAAAUGAAGUACAUCUGAUGUUUUAAUAAAUCAGUGUGUUUUACAAUUAAUGUAAGUUAAGUGAUAGCCUAUUUCUCCUGCUGUAAUUUAAAUGUAUGAGCAAUAUCGGUUAAUAGUAUAUGAAUUAAGUUUAUGGAUUCUUAAAAGCAAACUGCUGGUCUGAAUAUUAGCUGCCCUUAUUUUAAGAAUAGUGUAAAAACCCCAGUGUGAGUAACUAUUACUGUGCAACUAUGCAAACUAUUCAUACUUAGUAUACAAAAAAAUUGUUCAUGUAAGAAGCUAGAAUUUUCAGUAGCUAUGCAGUGUGCUUUGUUGUAUUGGUCAUUUCAGAGAUUAUCAAUUAACACUUAAUUUGUACAGUGCCAGGAGGAUUAGAGCGUCAUCCUUGCUUAAGAUGCUCCUGUAACACAAUAGAUAAAAUAUGUACAAACCAACCCAUUUCUUGGGCAAUUUCUUUGAUUUUGUUAACAGAUACUUUAAAGUAACUACAGUAAAAGCAAUUAUCUGUGACAUGCUAAUGUAACGGUCAUGCAUUUGUAGAGCUGUGUAAGGAUAGGCAACGCCUUUAAUAGCAGUCUCUCGCCAGUGGACUGAGUGUUUGUAUAGUGAGCAAGUCUGACUGUUGUACUACACCUAUUAUUCUAAAGAUUAUUAGUAUUAUUAGUAUUAUUCUUGUAUCAUAGAAAGUCAAUGUAAUAGAAUUUUAUUAGAGACCUGGUGAUGGCUACUUUAAAAUAAUUUUUGCCAUUUGCUUACAUGUGUAUUUUUUAGGAUGUAACAGUUAGCAUGUGUCAGUAUUGUGUUCGGUAACAUUCUCCUACAGUGUUUGACCAACAGUGGAUGCUUUGGUGUUUUGUACAAUGCAUUAUUUGAUCUUAAAUCCCCUUCCAUAAACAGUUCUUGAAA